GUUUCAUUACGGCCAUGUAGAGAGCUUAUCUCUUAAACUAUCAGUAGCCGUGAUUACAUUGAAUGGGGUGAUCGAUAACUACUAGCACCAUCCUAUCAAACGAUAUCAUUUUGAAGUUUUGUUUGAAUGAAGGGAACGAAAUUGCCUUUGGAUUGACAGGAUUAUUUUUAGAAACUUUUGAAUUUUUGUAUUUUGUUGAAUUAUGUGUUACGCAUUAGUCCCCAUGAUGUGUGAAUUCCUAAUAACUCGUCGUUAAAUUAAAUUCGCUUCCUCAGUGUGCGUAAGGGACUACUUAAAACCAACCAAUUUACAAAGGGGUCCUUUUACAUAGAUGGAGAGUUCAUAUUUUGGCCCUCAGUAUCUACUGACGUGCCCCCCUUGACCAACUGUACAUGUACGUGAGUUAUAAAAUGAGUUCCAUGAUUCAGCGGAAACUAUCAGAAGAUAUCAGUUUUCACUAUGACAGCCGUUAUAUCAGGUUUACGUGCAGUUCGACCUUAAUCUAUAAUUUGCACAGCAAUGAUGAGAUUGCUAUGUUUGGCAUUUCAUUAAAUACACGAACUGUGCAUGUCUUAGCGCCAUGACCCGCAGAAGAAUUGCGAUCAUUGGAGCCGGCGCCAGCGGUUUGGUUUCAAUCAAAACCUGCCUGGACGAGGAUCUGGACCCCGUCUGCCUGGAGAGGACUGACGGCAUUGGCGGGCUAUGGCGGUACACGGACAACGCCGUAGAUGGCCAAGGCUGCGUCAUGAAGUCGACCAUCGUGAAUACCAGCAAGGAAAUGAUGUGCUUCAGCGAUUUCCCUGUGCCGAAGGAAUUUCCAAACUUCAUGCACAACACGCUGGUUCAAAAAUACUUCGACAUGUACUGUGACCAUUUUGAUCUCAGAAAACAUAUCCGUUUUAGGAAGGCAAUCCUUAACAUCAAACCCGCUAGCGAUUUCGUCUCGACCGGACAGUGGGACAUUGAAAUUAAAGACCUUCCAUCUGGAACCGUUAGUACCGAAACUUAUGACGGCGUAUUGAUUUGUACAGGUCAUCAUGCUUUCAAGAAUUCCCCGUCGUUCCCGGGACAGGAGGAGUUCCGAGGUCAGGUGAUGCACGCGCACGAUUACCGGACUCCAGCUGGAUUUGAGGGAAAGAAAGUCGUGGUCAUAGGAGCGGGCAAUUCUGGAGGAGACAUUGCUGUUGAACUAAGCAGGGUUAGGUCACAGGUCCUCCUUUCUACCCGAAGCGGAGCCUGGGUAUUUAACCGUCUAUCGUAUGAAGGUGUGCCUUACGACCUCUUAGACUAUCGCCGGAUCGUCUGGAAAAUCGUCGAUUGGAUGCCUGAAUCACUGAUCAACGCCUUGAUGGAAAGACGUCUAAACAACCGCUUUGACCAUGUGACAUACGGCAUCCAAUGCAAGCACCGUUUUCGCAGCGUCCAUCCAAUGACCAACGACGAGCUUCCAGGGUGUAUUGCGAGUGGGGGCGUGGUAGUCAAACCCAAUGUUAGUCGAAUACUAAAAACAGGCGUUGAAUUUGAUGACGGCACUGUGGAGGAGAAUGUCGAUGUGGUAGUCAUAGCAACUGGGUAUACCAUAGGGUUUCCUUUCAUAGACCAAAGUGUGAUUGGUGUCAGUGAUAAUCAGGUAAAUCUUUACAAGUAUGUCUUCCCGCCGGAUUUGGUGCACCCCACGUUGGCCGUCAUUGGUUGCAUUCAGCCCAUAGGAGCCAUUAACCCAAUAGCCGAGAUGCAGGCUAGAUGGGCUACCAAAGUCUUCAAAGGAGAACUAUCUCUACCAUCACGGGAAAAUAUGGUGGCCGACAUAGCUGACAAGAAGAUGCGGAUGCGCAAGCGCUACGCAGAAGGAGCACAUUACACCAUUCAGGUGGAUUAUGUUCCUUUCAUGGAUGAACUGGCUACACUUGUUGGAUGUAAACCAUCAAUAGGUAUGAAAUUUCAAUCAUUUCCUAGAAAUAAUNAGGGUCUCAAUGUAGCCUGA